CCAGCUGCGGAGAGGAAGGUUUUGGACGAACACCUUGUCGCACUCGCAAUCACAAGCUUGCUCUCAUUGGUCAUCUUGUUCACAGCUCCUAGAUUUCUGAUCAAUCGGCUGGCCAUGUCGAACCAGAGCGUGGCGUCGUCGUCGAAAUGCACGGCGUGGGCGCAGGAGAGGCGUCCGUUCACGCGCCCGAUCGACAUCCCGUCGGUCUCGGGCGCGGUGGACAAGUGGGGAGCGAGCUGCCGCCGGGGCGGCGAAGAGGAGGAGGACGGCGAGCGUGGCGGCGAGGUCGAGCCGCCGCACGUGCUGAUGGCGCGGCGCAGGGCGGCCUUCUCGGUGUGCUCGGGGCAGGGGCGGACGCUCAAGGGCCGGGACCUCACGCGGACGCGCGACUCCGUCCUCCGCAUGACCGGCUUCAUCGAGGGCUAAUGACUGGCGCGCGCGCCGGGCUGCGGCUGCCGAUGCCGGCCGGCACUGCUGCUCUCACGACCGGCCCUGCAGACUCCUUGGGUUGAUUCAGUUCGUUUCUUGGAGUUCGUUAGAUAGCUAGCUACGAACCUAGGAAUGUCGGUCGACGGAUUUUCUUCGAUUGGUCGGUCUCAUUUGUGAAUUGUCGGAAGAGCGAGGCCUCCGCUGGCGUGUAAAAGAACUGUAUGUGUGCGCAAAGAUAUAGUCAUGACAUUUGUGAAUUGGUUGGAAGAUUGAGCUGAAAAUUUGAAAUUUGGUGCAAA